AUGGAAAAUCCAAGCAGUAAAAUCCAGACGUUGCGUGUGGCGCAGCAGAAGCAGGUGGGCAACUCCUUUGGCAGGCCGGUGGAAGAGGCGUUUGGCCGCUUGCUGGAGAAGAACGAAGCCAUCCUCAGGCUGGGCUUCUUUUGCAGCGAUGCGCAAUUGCGCGACCAGAUCGACCGGGACCAUGCCUCAGCUGCAUGUACGACAUCGCAGCGUUAA